AGAAGCCAGCGUGCUUUAGUAGAGCUGUUAACGGCGACACGAACGACACGAUGGAAUUUUUGAGUUUCGACGUGAAGAAUAAAACGCUUUCAUUGAAAAAAGCCGAGAUCCCAGUACCGGGACCAAAUGAAGUUCGAGUUAGAGUUGCGUACAGUGGAAUCUGUGGGACCGAUCUUCACAUACUAGAAGGCGAUUUCCCGUGCAAGACUGAAGGCUGUUUGACUCUUGGUCAUGAAUUUUCGGGUACGAUCGACGCUCUCGGCCAGAAUGUGAAAACAUUGAAAGUUGGCCAAAAAAUCGUCGUGGACCCAAAUAGCGGUUGCAACACGUGCCACCCUUGCCACAGCGGGAACUAUCAUUUUUGCAGUGCCGGUGGCAUAAACAGCACUAUAGGAAUCUUCCGUGAUGGGGGGUGGUCCACACACGCAAUUGUUCCUAAAGAACAGGUUCAUUUGAUACCGGAGGAUGUUGAUCUGAAAGUAGCCGCGCUCGCCGAGCCUCUAUCGUGUUUGGCUCACGGAUGGGAUAAGAUUAAUCCCGUUAACGUUGGUCUUAAUGUGCUCGUAAUUGGCGCUGGGAUAAUUGGCCUUUUGUGGUCCUGCCUAUUGCAUUUACACGGGCACAGGAAAAUAGUGACGAUCAGCGAACCUCAAGAAAAACGACGGAAGAUAGUAUCUAAACUCGAUUUGGAUUACCAAAUAAGCAGUCCAGACAAACUCAAAGAAGGAUUCGACUUGGUCAUUGAUUGCAGUGGUUCAGGUCCAGCUAUGGAAGCAGCUGUGCCUUUAUUGACUCAAGGCGGCCGCUUGUGCGUCUUUGGUGUUGCCAGUCCUAAAGCGAAAUUGACCAUCGAGCCAUUCCAGGUUUACAUGAAAGAAUUGAAUAUCGUAGGCGUAAAUAUAAAUCCUUUCACGUUCCCAAAAGGAUUGGCCUUGUUGAGGGCGAUGGCCGAUAGAUAUCUCAAUUACGACAACCUAGGUAUUAAGGUAUACUCAUUGUCCCAAUAUCGCGAGGCUUUCGAAGCAUUGAAGCGGGGAGACAUCAGUAAAGCUGCUUUUAAAUUAUAAAAAUACUAGAUAAUUGUCGAAAUAAAAGAAGGCAAAAAAUUUGUA